AACAAAUAAAAACUAUUCCAUUCAAACUCCAACACAACCUAAGAUAUAAUUUUCCCAAGUUGAGUAACAAUGCUCGACUCCACCUCAUUGCUUGCGUUUAUUCUAGGUUUUCUCAUCCUUACAUUCACAGUGAAGCGUAAGGAAUCGAAGAAAACCGUGUUGGUGACUUCAUACACAAGAAACCUCCCUAUCCCUCCCGGACCAAAACCCUGGCCUAUAAUUGGAAACCUACCGGAAAUACUAUGGAGGAACAAACCGGUGUUUCGUUGGAUACAUUCCCUCAUGGGAGAACUCAACACUGAUAUUGCAUGUAUCCGUCUCGCCAAUACUCACGUGAUUCCCGUGACAUCCCCGCGGAUUGCACGGGAGAUUCUGAAGAAGCAAGACUCCAUUUUCGCCACCAGACCGCUAACUAUGGGCACGGAGUACAGCAGCCGCGGGUACUUAACCAUUGCCGUAGAGCCACAAGGCGAACAGUGGAAGAAGAUGAGGAGAGUGGUGGCAUCUCACGUGACGUGUCAGAAGAGCUUCAGAUGGACGCUCGAGCAGAGAACCGAAGAGGCCGAUAACCUCGUACGGUACAUCAAUAAACUUUGUAAGGGUUCUGAGGGUAUUGAUGUUAGGCAUGUGGUGCGGCAAUACAGCGGUAAUGUAGCUCGGAAGAUGUUGUUUGGUGUAAGGCAUUUUGGCAAAGGAAGUGAAGAUGGAUCUGGACCGGGGUUCGAGGAGAUUGAACAUGUUGAUUCUUUGUUUAAGGUUGUAACACAUCUUUACGCCUUUGCAUUGUCGGAUUAUGUCCCGUGGCUAAGGUUCUUGGACUUGGAAGGCCACGAGAAGGUCGUGAGUGGUGCAAUGAGGAAUGUAAGUAAGUACAACGAUCCUUUGGUCGACAAAAGACUCGACCUAUGGCGUAAUGGGAAGAUGAACGAGCCUCAAGAUUUUCUCGACAUGCUUAUAUUGGCAAAGGACACCAACGGGAAACCUGCUCUGUCGGACGAAGAGAUCAAAGCACAAGUGACGGAACUAAUGUUGGCGACAGUGGAUAAUCCGUCGAAUGCGGUAGAAUGGGCCAUGGCGGAGAUGAUUAACGAACCGAACAUCAUGCAGAAAGCCGUGGAGGAGGUCGAUAGGAUAGUUGGAAAGGACCGCUUGGUCCUUGAAUCCGACCUCCCAAAUCUCAACUAUUUGAAGGCUUGUGUGAAAGAGGCGUUCCGGUUACACCCAGUGGCACCGUUCAACCUCCCACACAUGUCGACCGCCGAUGCAGUGGUGGACGGUUACUUCAUUCCCAAGGGAAGUCACGUGCUGAUCAGUCGUUUAGGGAUCGGGAGAAACCCUAACGUGUGGGAUAAGCCGCUUAAGUUCGACCCUGAGAGACAUUUGGGCGAUAACAAAAACGUCGAGCUGAACGAUCCAGAUCUCAAUAUAAUAUCAUUUAGUGCAGGGAGAAGAGGGUGCAUGGGUUCGAAUAUUGGGUCGGCCAUGACGUACAUGCUACUGGCUCGGUUGAUUCAAGGGUUCACGUGGUCAUCAAUGCCUGGUGAGGAUAAAGUGGACAUUUCUGAAAGUAAGACUGACCUUUUCAUGGCAAAACCUUUACACGCAGUUGGAACACCUCGUCUGGCUCCACACGUUUACUCUAUCUAAUUGAGAAAGUGAACAUUUUAGUUCAAAAAUGUAGCAAGAAUUGCAUGUAACGGUAUUGGUUUCCUUCGAGUCGCUAUCGUGUCCUUCUGUUGGCCUUUUUUUCGUUUCAUAUUUUUGUAAUUUUUUUUCAUGUCUACUAUAUUUUAAUGUUUUUAGCAUAUCUUGUUUUUCUUUCUUUCACUAGUUCGUUAACGAUGUUUUAUUCUAUGAGGCUUUAUCAAAUAAAAGUGGAUUGAUGCUUA